GGGUGUUAAAUAUUCAACACCAGCAUGGAAUAGAAAAAUAUUAACACCCUUGGUGUCAAUUUCAUGUCUAGUCGGCGAAUGAUAACACCAACGGUGUUAAAAUAUUCAAUUACAGGUUGAUGGUGUCAAAUUUGGUGUUAUAAAAUCGCACAUGCGCAUAAGCGAGAUAAAUGGAGGAAAAUCAUUGGACGAAAGUUGUCAUAUGAUCCGAUAUGCCUGCAUGCGCAUGCGCUGAAGCUGGACGCCAUAUUAUCUUGCGAUCGAGAGCUAGCUGGAGCAAGGCAAUAGAAAUCCAUUGCCCGACUGACUUGAUUUUCAGGAGUAUUCUACAGUUUGGCCUAGAUACACAUCUUGAAGUGCAUGCAACCAUGCCGUUAAGCGUCAGGGUCUGCUCAGCGGAUCGAAGUAUUCGAAAAUACCUGCCUAUAGAUCCAGAAGACACAGUAGGAUUCUUUGAACUUAUCAAAAGAAAAUUCCACAUAAAGGAUGGUGAAGACCUUGUACUUGUGGAUGAACAAGAAGGAUUUGGUAUAGACGAUGAUGUACUAGGAGAUGUGGUGACAAGCCAUCCCUCUGUCAGCCUCAUGGUGCUAAAAGAAGAUGAAGAAUGGUCUGGUUCAGAUGUACAUAGCUUCACAAGUGCAGACAACAUCAAGGUGGAUACCAGCUCCUCUUCCCUCAGUAGCUCAGAAUCUGAUUCAAGUUUUGGCAUCUGCAGAAAGAGACCACGAUUAGAUGCCCUCUGAUUGUGCAAGAGCAAAUUCAAGUAGAGGAUCUUUCUACUGAAUUCUUUGAUGCCAACUGGGUUAAAGUAAAUGGAACACGUUAUCAGUUGUCACUUCUGGUCUGCCAUGAUGUUAGCGAGCUUCCUCUGUUUGGUCAAAUAGAGCGUAUCAUUGUACACAACAGCAAUGCAUUUUUUGUACUUGUCCAAUUAGAUACAGUGUAUUACAAUUCACACUAUCAUUCAUACGCAGUAGAAUUCAUUUUUCCACGUCGUCAUGUAGUGAAGAAUCAAAAGGAACUUGUUGACUACAAACCACUAGAUUUGAUGACAACUUUGUCAAAGACAGACUCAAGGAAGUAUGUAGCACCAAGGCAUGUACUUUCUAAGUAAUUUAAAGCUUUCAAGCUAACGUCUGGCUUUGCUUAGUUGUAUCAAUUGGUUUUAAAAAUAAUCUUAAUCAAGAAUAUUAUGGACUCUUGUAAGCAUCUGUAAAUUGGUUAAUGCGAAACCAAAUUUAGUCAAAUAGCUGUUGUAUAUUUUCCUAUCUUUUUUUCUUACAGGAAAAACAAUUUUAUGAUGUUUGUGCAUGAAAGCCAGUGAAAUGAAAGUGCAUAGACUGAUUUUGUUGUUGUCUAUACCCUGUUGGAAAAACAGCAGUGAAUUAGCUGAUAGAGAAACAAAUAAUUUUUACUUUUUGUUAUUUUUUUCCUGGAAAUUGGGAAUACAUGUUUGUAAACAGAAAGCUGUAAAGGAAUGUUCACCUUUAUUAGGUUGAAUGUAGAAUUUAUAGUGUUUUUUAAUGCUUUUUGAAACUUUUGUUCAAACCUUGACAAGUAGUGAAGGAAAUAACUUCUGAUAAAAUCCCCAUGAGCCAUGUACUGAAAUAAUUAAAUCAUCCUAAAUCUCAAUGGUUGCAGGCCUGUGGUAAAAAGUCUUGUUGAAACUGCUGGAUGAGGUUUAUCAGUUUUGGUAUAGUUCUUGAAGACUGCUUCCUAGCAUAAGAAAUUAAAAGCAAUACUUUAAAAGGGAAAGUCCACCCUACAUAUAUUCAUAUUUCAAUGAAAGAAUAAUUUGAACAUAUAAAAAAAAAGAAUGAGCGAAAUUGAUCAAGGAAUAAAGAAAUUACAGUCAUUUAGAUUUUAUUGAAAAUCUACAUUUGCUCUGCAAAAUGGCAACACUUGAUGGCGUCGUAUGCGAUUAGCUCGCCAUACCUUUGUACAUGGACUGUUACAUUUUCGUAUUUAUCUAAAAAUUUACCUAUUUUUUUAUAACCUUUGGACGAAGUAUGUUGAGGAAAAUGGCUUUCUAUAUAAUAUAAAUUGACCGAGGGUAUAAAAUUCAUAUUAACUUUGGAGAAAAAUGAGAUUAUGUGAAAUUUUGUGUACAAUAUGAAUGGAGAGCUGAUCAUGCAUAAUGCCAUCAAGUGUUGCCAAUUUGCAGAGCGGAUAGUGAUUUACAAGAUAAUGAAAUAACGAAAGUUUCCUUAUUCCUUAACCAAUUCCUUUUUUAACGUGCUGCUAAAAGUAUUUUCUGUGUAUUGAAAUAGUAAAAUAUUGUGUGGACUUUCCCUUUUUUGAUGGCAGUGUCCAAGGAUUUUUUUUGUGUGUUUUGGCGAGGGGGGCACUCUUUAUAUUUCAUAUGAAAAAGAUUCUAAUAUUUUCCUUCAGCAAGCAUGUAAUAGGAUUCAAGGUGAAAUGUGUCAAAAUUCUCAUUAGCUACAUAAUUCACUCUGAUGUAGAAGCAAUUUACAUUUUAUUUGUUUUGUCUUCAGUUAUACAUGCAUUUUGCAUCCUGUUUAGUGUCUAUUAGAAAGUACUUUGAUUUUUCAUUCCUUGAAAGGAAUUAUAACAUUUUUAAAUGUUUUAAAAGAGUUUAGUUACUUGAUUCAUCCUCAAGCCUUAUUUUUUCAUCUUUUUCUUAUAAAGGUGCAUUCAUAUUUUGAGCAAAUUUUGAAUGAUUAAAAAAGAUAGUGUGUUCUGUUGUAUUCAGACAAAUGAGUCACAGAUUUUGAAUAUAUGACAAAACGAUUUAAUGUUGAGACAUACAAGAUAAAAACGUUAUAAGCAUCAUUGAAUUCAACAUGAAUGAGAACAAGUUGUUUAAUUUAUUGAAUAAAUAAGCACCAAGUGUUUGUUUCUUUUAA